AUGAUCCACAAGCUACCAGGCACCUACCCAACGUCAAUUCUCCGCUUCAAAACCAAGAACCUUAAUUUCAUUGCUAUGGCCAACUUCAUGAACAAUAAAGGGGAGCACAACUGCUACAGUUACAUCUUCCACCACUCCCUGGACAUGGAACGCUACGAGCUUCACCAGCAGGUGUUUACAAUGGGAGCUUUGAACUUUGAGGCCUUCACUCUGGGCAGUGGACUAGACCCACACACCUACCUCGCCGUAGCUAACUCCAGCAAGGAUGUUAACGAUGGGUUGGUUAUAAGGGAAACUUAUAACUAUCGCUUUUAUAAUGGAAAGUUCGUACUCUUCCAGGAGAUCCCCACCGCUCACGCUGUUCAGUGGCUAGCUAUCCAGAUGGAGGACGGUGUAUUAGUGGCUGUGGCUAAUGCACUCUCGGGAGUAAAGUUCUACCAGUACAACGGGUGGAGGUUCAUUCCCACCACACGUCAACACACUGGUGGCCCUUUCAGUGCUGGCGUUACCUCCAUGGCUGCACUCUCCUGGAACGGCAACAUCAUGAUGGGUGUGACCAACCACAAUACGGAAUACUCUUCCCCACAAGUAUCUUCUCUUUACACUUUGACUUUCAGCAGAGACACUACUCUAGAGGAGUUUCAUAUGAGAGCAGAGAGUUGGUGUAGAGAACGUAUUGCCCAGCUGAAGAAUGAAAACCUGUUGACGCUGGUGCACCAGGUGGAAGGAACCCCGAAAGUAGCUCAAACCUAUACCUUCACUGUGCCUGUGACCAUCGUUGGCAACCUUAAUGUGCAAGGGCAGAGUAGUGCCCUCCAGAUUUACAUUAGAGGACGCGACCAGUGGCUCCCUGACCGUGUGAACCUGCUGGAGAGCCUCAGGGUGAUGCUCUAUGACAAGCUGCAGCAAGUGCGUCAACGUCUUGACGAUACUAUACCCUUGACUGGCCCUACCACCUGGCCUGCUGAUUUGCACUUAGCCCAUUUAGAGGCUCGGGGGACUGACAGCAUUUCUGUGGUUGACCUUCUGGGAUCUCUUGUUAAUAACAAGGUCAUGGAAAAAGGAACGUGUAUAUCUAAGACUAUCCGACCUGUCUCAUCUGAAGCUUGACCACAUUCACUUCCAGCAUAUGGAAAUGCAGGCGAAUGUGGAAGUAGCUAUGCUACAGAAUCGAGCAAUAGCUGAGUAUGUCACCCUGGGAGGUACACACACAAUGAGUGGCCAGGUGACUUUUCUUAGGGUCAUCAAUGCUUCGCAGGUGACUUCAAGUGGAACACUUGAUACAAUCUUUGUCAGCCCCAGCACACUGCUGCUUAUAAACACCUCACAGACGCAUACUGGGUUGAUCAGGUGUACUACCCUGGAGGCUGUAGCUCUCAACGUCCACACCAUUAAUAACAUAAACACUGAGCAGCUGUUUGAGAACCUCGUCACCAGUGACAACUCUGCCAUCAUCACUGGUGAGCUGGUGAUUCGCGCUGACCUGCGAGCCAGCAAUCUGAAGGCCAGCGUCACUAACCUGGACCUCCACAACCCACUGAAGAUAGACGAGACAGAAGUUCAAGUUGUUACAGGU